AUGGCACUUGCUCCUCAAGGAAGCAAUGCGACGUUGAAGGCCAAACUUUCUACUGAUGCCCACCUCACCGCAGGUGAUUGGAAGGAAGCUGCAAGAGCGGGAACCCUGCAGGUCGGAGAAGCGACGGUUGCAGAGAAUGUAGAGUUCCUCUCCAAGACACUUUCGAGGUUCAGAAGCUUUGCGCUCACUGCGCAGCAAAGUGUCGAAGAGCGCCAUGCAAACGAGGCACAGCGCCUUCAGGAGGCUGUCGCACAAGCGAAGGAUCCGAAAGUCAAGACAGCCUUGCAGCAGAGCGUCACCUCGAACAAAGAAGCGUUAGACGAGACAAAGAGCAUCUACAGCAACAUUGUCACGUUUUCUGACAGCAUGCUCUCCCUCCUCAAGAAGACCUCGUCGUCAGGCAACUGCGAUCAGCUCAUCUGUGGACUCCACGCAUCCUGCGCAGAGACGCUGAGUGGCGCCAGCUGUGUGUGUGAUGAAGGAUACAUCGGCCAGGGCAAGGACUGCAAACCGCCUGCAGCAUUUGCACCCCAUCUUCUGUUGGGGGAGAAUGCAGUCCAUGCCAGUGACAUCCAUGUCACCGCCUUUGAUGGAAACAAAAUCGCAGUGGUUUUCCGUGACGAGAACAAGGGCAACGCUGGAGCUUUGGUCGUCGGGACGGUGGAGGAGGCCGGCUCGGUCGAGCUGUCUCCCCUCGAGCUCUUCACUGCACCGGGCGCAGCAGCGUUUUCGCCAGUCGUGGCUGGAAGUGACGGCCAAAGCCUGGCUAUCGCAUGGCGGGACAAUGCGAAAUCAGGAACAUGCAGGCUCCGAGCUGCGAAGCUUGGUGCAUCGGGCAUCCGCGGUGCUGAAAUGGCACUGACCUGGGGGCCUGCCAUGGACUUCUGCAAUGGCCAGGCUCACAAGAUGUCCAUCCAAGCAUUUGACAAGAAUCGCUUCGUUGUCCUUUAUUCAGACAAGGCCCGGGGGCCUGACCCCACGCGCACAGAGUCCUUCGGAAACUCCAUCUUGGCUGAUGUUGGAGAAGCGGGCAACGUCUCCGUGUUAGGCAACUUCAGAUUCACCGACAGUGCCGUCGCACGUCUGGAGGCUGCGAAAGUGAGCAAGAACGGCUUCGUCCUGGCUGCUCGAGCCUCCCCUGCCAUCGACGAGAUGAGCCCUCAGCCUGUCAAGCAGGAGGCAAUGGCCAUGUAUGGGGAGCUCGUCGGCGAAGACCUUGUCUUCGACCCAAACCCGGUGAACCUGGAGCCGACAGAGGGUCAGAUCUGGGCCAGGGGGAUUUCCCUGAUUGCACCCAACACCCUUGCCUACGCUUACCAGGAUGGGAAGAAUCAGCAGCUCAAGAUCGCUGUGCUGAACAUCCAUCCACAGACUCAUCGUAUGCAGGUGGCCCAAGCGCCUGUGUCUCUGGGAAAAGGCUUUUCGCCUUACGUGUCCAUGCUGUCGCUGCCAUACUCGGCGUCUGAUCCUUACGCGAUGACCUACUUCCAGGGUGAAGAUGGCGCCAGUGUGCUCAACAUUUGCGGUCUGAAUGCAGAGCAGAAGCUGCAGAAUUGCGAGGACUUCCCGUGGUUAACCCAGAAAGUAUCCACGGUUUCCGGUGCUUCCCUUGGGGAAGGCCGAGUCGUCAUGGCCUUUGCAACUCCGUCUGGGGUUCCGUACUACAGCCUCGUGGGCUUGUCGAAGAAAUGA